AUGUCCUCCGCACCCAACCCAUCCAAAACGCAGAAUCUCUCCGGAUGCGAGCUCGCUAACCCUCCUCCCAAGUCUAACCACGCGCAAGUGGCACUCUCUGAAAUCACCCGUCACCCUCGCUUCUGGUUCGACGACGGGAACCUGGUCCUCCUCGCAGGAACCAUCGGAUUCAAGGUGUACAGGGGUCUCCUGGCCGCGCAGUCCCCUGUUUUCCAAGACCUCUUCGCCUCUGCCACUCACGCCGAGGAGGAAUACGGCGGAUGCCCUGUGGUUCGGCUUACCGAUUCGCCGCAGGACUGGAGUCAACUACUUGACGUCCUCCUGCCCAUGACAUACGUACGCAUCUCGGACUCGCACAGGUGCCAAUACGAGCAAAUCUCUGCGCUCAUUCGGCUCGCCAACAAAUACCAACUCGAGUCCAUUGAGCGUCAAGCUGUUGAAUGCUUGAAGACAGUGUUCACGGACGCUUUCGAAGAGUGGAACAGCCCUCCUCAGGACGCCUUGAAGCUCGCCGACCCACAACAGGUAGUCGAAGUCGUCUAUUUGGCGAGGCUCACGAACUGCUCCAGUAUGCUUCCGCUCGCAUGCUAUCACUGCGCCUUGCUCGGGGAAGAAGUCCUGAACAGCCUCACAAGCGAUGGGGAGCUGGAUUCGGAGGACGUAAGGCGCUGCGUCGGUGGUUACCGGCAGCUUUGCGAGCUAAAGACGACCAUCCCGACGCGUCUUUUCGGCCACCCUCCCUCCGUUUCGUGCAGGUCGCCUAUCAUGUGCGGCGAGAUUCUGCGAAGGCUGGAGGAGAAGGCAGCGCUGGUAUACGAGACCCCGAAGCUGUUGAAUAGCGUCGAGCAGUGGACGUUGAGCUUCCCUCUUUGUGGGAUGUGUCAAGAGGAGCUGGAUGAACGUGACCGGGCUCGGCGCAGGGAGCUGUGGCAGAAGCUGCCCGAGAUGUUUGGGUUGGUUGAUGAGGUCAAGAGUUGGGCGUGA